UCAGUCAUCCCAUCCCUUCUCGUUCCUUUUCCCCUUCCUCACAACAUGGCUUCUUCCAGCAGCCUUUUGUUUGCCUCCUUAUGCAUCCACACGUGCUUCCUCUUGGCGUGGAGUCGUCCUGCUACCUUCCUCCAAGACUUUAGGAUCACUUGGGCCGACACCCAUAUCAAGCAGAUCCAAGGAGGAACUGCCAUUCAACUCAUCCUUGACCAAUCUUCUGGAUGCGGUUUUGCCUCCAAAAGCCAGUACCUGUUCGGUAAAGUUAGCAUGAAAAUCAAGCUCAUCCCCGGCGACUCCGCAGGGACUGUGACGGCCUUCUAUAUGAAUUCGGACACCGACACCGUCCGGGACGAGCUGGACUUCGAGUUCCUGGGCAACAGAUCCGGCCAACCUUACACCGUUCAGACCAACGUGUAUGCUCAUGGGAAGGGCGACAGGGAGCAGCGUGUCAAUCUCUGGUUCGAUCCCGCAGCCGACUUCCACACCUACUCCAUACUCUGGAACCAUUACCACGUAGUCUUUUCGGUGGACGAGGUGCCGAUCAGAGUGUACAAGAACAACGAGGCAAGAGGUCUGCCGUACCCCAAAUUCCAGCCCAUGGGAAUAUACUCGACGCUGUGGGAGGCAGACGACUGGGCCACCAGGGGCGGGCUGGAGAAGAUCGACUGGAGCAAGGCACCCUUCUACGCAUACUACAAGGACUUCGACAUCGAGGGUUGCCCGGUGCCCGGCCCAGCCGGCUGCCCCAGCAGCUCCGCCAACUGGUGGGAGAAGCCGGCCUACCAGGCGCUGGACGCCGACCAGGCCAGGCGCUACAGGUGGGUGCGACUCAACCACCUCAUCUACGACUACUGCACCGACAGAUCCCGCUAUCCAGUCCCGCCCCCGGAAUGCAGCGAAGGCAUCUAAUAAACCAGAGACCAGUCGCCGGCCGUAUCUGGCCGGCCCUUCCAACUUCCUUCUUCUGUUUCCCAUAGAAAUAAUAUAGCGGCUCCCGCUGAGCACUUAAAUGGCUCACCCACCGGCUGGGGGUACUGCUUUCAUGUGUGUGUGUGUGUGAGAUCUCAGAUAUAAUUGAGAACUGCUUCUGCGGCUGCUUUUACUGUGUACGCGUGUAUAGUGCAUAUACGUCCAUCUGUUCUGCCUGGCCAUUGAUAAAUGUCUUGGCUGAUGGUGACUCUGAUGUGGAUGUUCCUACUUCUACCGUUGUAAACUCUGUCUGAUUCAUAGCAUAUAAUCAAUAUUUUAUUUGGGAGCUAA